GGGAGGAGUUGAAGUCCACAGGCAAGGCAGUUUCAUUUUCUUCUUGCACUCACUCAAACACACGGUAUACACGGGUCAAGACAAACAGCCUUGCCUGACUUCGUCUAACAGCCAGUCAUGGACUUUGUGGAGCCCAUCCUCUCCAUUGCCUCACAGAUCUACACCCUGGUUGAGACUGUGAAGGCCAAUAAGAAGCGCUGCCACCGUGUUUCUGACCGAGUCAAAGCCCUGGUGGACCUGGUGAAGUCCAUCAAACAAAGGCAGGGAGUCCAAGCUUCUGCUGAUGUAGAAAAAACCCUCAAAGAACUCUCCAUCACUCUGAAAUCAGCUCAGCAAACCAUCAAGAAAUACGCUUCGGCCAACUGGGUGGAGCGCAUCCUGAACUCCAGCAGCCACGGCGACGAGUUCAACAGUGUGAAUGAACGGCUCAAUGAUGCCUUCCAGGUGCUGUCUGUAGCCCUGCAGCUGGAGCAUGGGAACGGAUUGUACAAGGUGUUUGAACUGGCCUACAGAGAGAAAGAAGAUGAGGAGGAUGGCAGGAAGGAUGACGAAGAGCUGAAGACAUUGCUCCAGGAGUAUAUGAAGGACCAGCAGGAGAAAAUGGAAGCCAUGCGAAGAGAAUUUGAAUCUGUCAGAAUCAAUGUGGAAAAGAUGGUGGAGAUGAUGAAUAAGCCCCGUGCCACCAGGGUGGACAUCCGAAUGAUCAAACCAGACGAACUCAAGUACGGGCUUCCAAAAAAGCCCUUCAUGGAAACUUCGACCUCUGAGGUCUACAAAGGACAGUAUUGUGGCUUCACAGUGGCCAUCAAGAGAUACAAGAACCCGGUGACCACCAGCCCAAGGGAGGUACGGUCUGUUUUCAACAAGGAGGUUGAAACCAUGAGACGGUUCGAGUCGCCCAACAUCCUGCGAAUGUUUGGCAUCUGUGUCCAGGAUGAGGAGGGACCCAACCCUGAGUUCCUCAUUAUCAUGGAGUACUGUGAGAAGGGAAGUCUCCGCCAGGUUCUGGACUCUGACUCGAAACUGUCCUGGACCAAGAAAGCCCGAAUGUGUCUUGAAGCAGCACAAGGACUCUACCGCCUGCACCAGACUGAAGAAAAAUGUAAGGUUCAUGGAUGCAUCAACAGCAGCAAGUUCCUGGUGGCUGAAGGCUACAGAGUCAAGCUGGGAGGUUUUGAGCUGGCAAAAACAGAGACGUCACUGAGAAAGCAGGCAAAGGAAAAAGAGGCCAGGUCCCUGUACUACUCCUCUCCUCAGAGUCUCAACAACAUCAACUACCCUUACAGCAAAGCGUGUGAGAUUUACAGCUUUGGUAUCGUCCUGUGGGAAGUUGCAACUCGUAAGAGACCUUUUGAAGAUUGUUCAUAUAAGGAAAUCUAUGAGAAGGUGUGCAAAGAGAAAUUUCAAGAGCCGCUUCCUGAAGACUGUCCUGAACCGCUGGGACAUUUGAUCAGCGCCUGCCGGGCCUAUGAUGGCUUCAAGAGACCAUCUGCUGGAGUGCUGGUGGACAAACUGUGCAGCGUGGUGGCACAGUUAGAGGAGCAAUGAAACUCUUCAGCCUCUUCCUGUUCGUCAGAAGUACUCCGGGUUUCUGAGGGUUGAGAGGAAACACAACUGUAAAAGUUAUUAAAAUGUCAUUUGUGGAAAAAAAAAAAAGUUUACAUGGCACUAAAAGCCAUAAAUCUCCAUUUCAGUUUACUGUUUCUCUCGGGUUAUCAUUUCAUACUGCCCAAAACAGGGCCGGGUUUCCCAAAGUCAGUCUUCUCAUGCAUCUUCUUACAGAUGUGGCUUGUGGUUUAAACAGCAUUAGAAUUUUAAAUGAAUGUACAUUAACCUUUGGGAAGUACUGGUGACUUGGGUCCCUCUGGUGCUGCUAGUGAUCUUCAGGGCAACUUGGAGAAACCCACUGAGAAAAUGCUGUGAUUUCAGAGGUGCUACAUUUAUCAACAAGCAUUUAUCAACCACAGGACACCAGGCCCUCACUACCCUCUAUAUCCUGUCUUCAUGAAUGAGCAGAAAAUCUCUCACAUGUACAAACUUGUUCCUCAGGAGAUUUAACGCCAGCUCUGAAGGCAGUUUUAACUCCAUCUCAUCAAACUGAAAAGGCCUCCACCUAGUGGUGACGAUUUAAAAAAAUGAAAUGAAACAGAUAGAAUCACAGUUCAGAGGAAAAAUCAUGUUCUUAUUUUCAGUGAAAUCUUCAAUAAAAUUGUUCAUUUGAACCCAAGUU